GUAAUACAUAACUGAUACGUCGCUGGCAAGCCCUAUCAACAAAUUCAAGACCUUCUUCCAACUGAUCCUUGAUGGUCCUUUGAGCGUUCCGGGUUCGCCCUUGCUCGUAAACGACGAUCAUGUUCUCCAGUUUCUCGUCCUUUUUACCAUCCGUUCUCCAACCAAACCAGGAGCAGCGCUCUCACCAUUCACUUUCUACACCAAACCAAGACACUCCCGAACCAGAUGUCAAUUCUCAGCCGGUAGACUACACUGCCGGUGACCCCAAGUCGAAGAAAAAAGACAAGAGGGAGAAACUUGUAAAUGAGACAUUCAUCGUCGUACGACCUCCACCGAGUAAAUCAAACCACCCGCUCAAUCUCCAGGUUCAACUUGUACCCCCUCAAUCUCGACAUGAUCGACCUCAUGCGACUGUCCAGGCCCUCGACCAAUCAGCCCCAGACAUAAGUGACUCCACCUCUGACUCCACCGAUCUUCGAAGAACGCCUUCUGGCCAGUCAGAAGCGUCUACGACUUCAGGUUACACCUCUGCAACCUCUAUAUCAUCAUUCAAUUCGUCGUCAACUACGAGCUCAGGACGUCGCAUGAUCAUUCCACUUUACAAUCUUCAAGCUCACAACGUCAUGACCAAUGUUAUAGUGGAUGCUGGCACUGAUGCCAAAGUGGCCAAAUUCGCCAAGAGAGGCUUGGAAAUACUUGGUCUGGCCAUCCUCGAGCCUAUCGAAGUCUGGGGCACUGUUGCAUUGCCAGGUGGUGCCUUACCGCCGAGUAGCAGCGCACGCACUAGCGUUGACGAUUCCAAACGAGAACUAGGCUUGUUCCCUCGACCCCGCACCCACUCCUCGAGCAGUAGGCCCGUUACACCCGAUUCUCAAUCCACUGCCCUUUCGCUCCCCUCACACACAGACAUCCCUCGUAAACCCAGCUUUACCCUUUCCCCCGCUGCUACAGAAGAACCUAUAACUAGUAACGCACAGCCCCAGCGCGGAGGCGCCAAAAAGCUGUUCACCAAGAUGUUCAAGAAGAAAGAUGCGUCUUCCCGAAUGCUCGCAGUAGUGCCGACAGCGGCUGUCGAGGUGCAGGGUUUGCAGAGCAUAGCUCGUCUCGCAGCUCGUCGAUCACAUGACAUACCACCCCCUUCGAGUUCUCAAGUCGCCGAUGUACCUCGUUUUAAUGAUAACCUCCCACACCCCUCCGUGUCAGGAACUUCGUCCACUGUCAUACUUUGUCCUCCUGUCCUUGGAAUCCAAGCUUCCCUUUAUCCGCCAACAUCUCCACCCAAAGGCCGACCUACCAAGUAUGUUUGGGUUGUCCGCAAAUGGCUGAAGGGCACAGACACGGGCCUUUUGAACGGGAUGAUGGGUAAAUUGAGCGCAAAUGGGCGCGGGGAUCUCGGUGGAGCCAGUGCUCCGCAGGUGGAGGUGCGUUUUGAGUGGUCGCGAGGAUUGAAAAAGGAGAAGGAGCGGGGUAGGAAGUCCCGUACUGAUAGGAGGUCACCGGCGCAAGGCCCCGAAAGCGGGAGUGUCAGCCGCCGCGGAAGCGCGGUUGUGACGUCAGAACCUCCAUUGUCGAGGUCGGUUCACAAAUCGCCGUCUCGUUCGUGUGACCCCCCAUCGGGUCCCGAUGCUUCGCCAACAAGCCAUUGUCGAUCAAGGUUCUCGCAUCAUAGUGCUAGCUCAGAUGCUAGCACCAGCAUCGAAAGUAGCGCUCACCGUGCGGACGAUUCUGGUGACGACAGUGAACCUGAGGAUUCAGAGACGCCUUGGACGUGUACUCUCACGGUACAACGGAUAGGUCAUCCACCAUCAAUGCACCGUUCCGCAGAGCAGCGAGAUCAUGUCGUACGACUGAAAGUUGCCACUCUUGCACCGACCCCACACCAUCCCAAAGUCGUCGGCCUCCUGAAAGUCCCCUUUCCGUUACCAGACAUAGAAGUUGAACGCCUUGCGGUGCACCGUCGUGUGGUUACCACCCAGGGGGUUAACCGAACUGCCUCUAGUUCGGGCGAGUUGACGCUCACCGCUGAGGAGAUCAAGGAUUCAAUUUCAUCCACGGCCUUGUGGCUUGUCGUACGAGAGGCAUUCGGGGGUGUUGGCCGAGAGCGCAGAAAGGGCGACGGGUGGCGAAUCAGAGCCUGAUCGCUCCCGGCGCAGAAUCAUGGCCAUUUGCUGCGCUCUGGCCCAUGACAUCUCUACUCCGACCUACCUUAUCUAUCUCGCAAUAUAUCCGCCCCCUCACAAGGCAUGAAUUUAUCUUCCUGAUUUUUUUGGGUUACGCAAGCAGUUAGUAAAGUACUUCGCACUAAUGUCUUUCUCGAACGCGCUUUUGCUCCUUGGUAGCAUCUAACUCAUCUUCACACCUUCGCUGUCAUCUUUUCAUCACUAAUAGGAAACGCUGAAGUCAUGUACAUACUUAUUAUCUGAUAUUAUCUUAGUAUCAUAUGUACUCUCGCCACUGUACCUGAUCACGAUUAUACAUCUCGUUACGACUUCAUGAAUCAGAAUCAUUGUAGGCAACUGAUGAUUGGUCGCGUCAUAUUGG